GCUAACUGCACGCACAGUCGGCCGUAGUCAAUAGAAGAAAAUAACCCAACUAUGGCGGUCUCUUACACCGUUUCCCGCGUUUUGAGACGAGCGUCGUCGUUCCUUUUUCAAAAAAGGUACGAAUCGACAAUGGCCAAUCUGACAAAGGACGAAAUUUUAAUAUUACUACGACCACCUUUUACAAAUUGGAGCGAUAUAACACGAGAAGCGGAGAAAGUGGUCGGAUAUUCGACGUCGUUUAUGAAUUUACGAUGUUUACUGAGCGACGAGUUUGCAAAUUUAGCGCUAUAUUUACGGAAGUUGGUUGGCAGUAAUCAUUUGGUAAUGCAAACAGCGAAAAACGUCUUAUAUGGUGAUUCUAAAAAUUUGCAACCUUGGGGCCUUAUUAUUCUACUGUUAUCGAAAUCUGUAAAAACAAAUGUACUAACAUCACAAGCAAAAGUCAUAGACGAACAGCAAAGAGCUUUAGCAGAAUUAAUAGAAUUAAUGAGAACAGGCCAUUUGAUUCAUCGUGGUAUAGUAAAUGUGCCGUUUGCGAAACGAUCCAAGAGUACGGAAUCAGCUAUUUUCGGGAACAAAAUCGCUAUACUUCUUGGUGAUUACCUUCUAGUUACAGCUAACACUAUGUUAGCUGGUCUAAAAAACGCUGAUGUUCUGUACAUAGUGUCAUCAGGAUUAAAAGAUUUAUCUGAAGGCGAAUUUUUCGGAGAUAGAGAUGAACAGAACAUGCCGUUACCUGGUAAACCAAGACGUGUAACUGAUGAUAUAAUCACAUUUGAUACUACUUCUAUAGCAGUUGAUGAUGUGAUAGGAAAGCCAAGAAAGGAAUGGACAGCCAGAACCGUGUUUAACGGAGUCAGUUUGCUUGGAAGAGCAUGUCAAUCAGCAAUGCUUCUUGCUAAACAAAAUAGGGAAAUUCAGAAUAACGCGUAUUACUUCGGAUGUCAUGUUGGAUUAGCUUGGCAAGCGGCUACUGAAUUACAAACCUUAACUUCAGAUAGUAAAGAUAGAUUUUGUUUAGCCAGUGCACCGGUUCUAUUCGCUUUAGAAGGUAAUCCUGAUUUGUAUAAAAUAAUAGAUCAAGCGAAGAAGGAUGUGAAAGAUGUAGAUUAUGAAGAUUUGAAAUUUAAUAUAUUAAAAACAGAUGCUAUUGAUAAAACUAAAAUGUUGUAUGAGGAUCAUGCUAAAAAGGCUACAUCAUAUAUUGAAAGUAUUGGGCAUAAUGAAUCUGUUCAAAUGAUAAAGAAGUUGAUUAACACUUUCUAAAAAAAA